UUACAUUUUAACCCAACUGAACAACCAAAGCAGCGAUGCCCGAGUGGUCUAAGGGGGCAGAUUUAAGUUGACCGGAUGGUCGAUGGAAACUCUGCUGUUGAUAAACGCGCGAGUUCGAACCUCGCUCGCUGCAUUAUUCUUGUUUUUGUAUCUGUGAUACAAGAAGUACAAGACAUCAAGGUGCUACUAUUAGUUAGUACCCUUCGUCUCCUCUUUAACUAACUACCCAAUAUGGUCAUAAUAAAUACAGUACUGUAUAUUAUUGCUCUUAUGUUACCUGUCUUUGAACUCCCAUAUGUUGCUCUCAGAAAAAGCAACAAAAGAAACCUUUACAUCUCUUGUACAAAACCAAAAAUGAUCCUUAAAACACCCACAACGCUCUGAUACAGCCAACUUUUAUCUGAUGGAAUCUAUUAUACUUUUUGUGUUCUACCUUGUCGUUUCAACCUCCACGUACUACGGGUGUAAACUGGUCAAGGAAGCGAAGAAAUUCAAUUAUUUAGAGGCGGAAACCAUAAAAUAAACGGAGAAAACUAUGCUUCGUAAAACAAUUUCUUCAAAAUCUCUGAGGUUUUUUAAUAGACGACUCUUUGGUACGAGUUUUCCAAGAUGCAACAGUCAGGCCGUACCCGAAAACCAAAGCAACAAAGAUACCACUGAAAACGAGAACACAGAAACGAAGAAGAAGCCUUCUCUGGCACAAGAGUCUCUCGAUACCCUAUUCCCUCCUGAAAGUUACGAUGAUGAUGGAGGAAGAGAUCAUUCCAAGGGUCCCAAGUAUACUAGCUCCACAGAUAUGCGUCGUGAACGUAACGCUAGAUACUUCAGCUGGGGAGUAUUAGGUCUCAUGGCCGGCGGUGUCGCUUACUAUGGACGCCGUUACAGUGAAAAGGAAGCAAAGCUGGCUGAGCGUUAUCCUGCCCCGGGUUUGUCCAUCUUAGACUGGUGGACAAGAGUCAAGGCACGGACAGUAAACUUUUUUGACUAUUAUCAGGAGCCUGCAUUUGAUAAGCUGCUUCCAGAUCCUUUGCCGGAGCCUUACAAUCGACCUUACACAUUAGUUCUUGAUUUAGAAGAUCUCCUCGUCCACAGCGAAUGGACUCGUAAAAACGGUUGGAGAACUGCAAAACGUCCUGGUUUGGACUACUUUUUGGGCUAUCUUUCACAGUAUUACGAAAUCGUUAUUUUCACAAAACAGUACACGAAUACUGCUCGUCCAGUUAUCGAGAACCUUGACCCUUACCACAUCAGUGUGAGCGCUGCUUUGGGUCGUGAACAUGCUAGAUACGACCAUGGAAAGAUUGUUAAAGAUCUUAGCUUCAUGAACCGUGAUUUAUCGAAAAUCAUUCUGGUAGAUACUGACCCUGCUGCCUGGUCUGCUCAACCGGACAACGCCAUUGCGAUGGCCCCCUGGACGGGUGAUGCAAAUGAUCGUGAGCUUGUUGGUUUGAUUCCAUUGCUCGAAUUUAUUGCCAUCAUGGAUAUCAAGGACGUUCGUCCAGUAUUGAAGAGUUACCAAGGAAAAAAUAUACCUCUUGAAUACGCACGCCGUGAAAAGAGUCUUCGCGACCAUCUUCGCCGUGACUGGGAGGCUAAGCGUUCACAGAAGACCUCAUUCUUUGGAAAGCCUGUGUCUAACGAGCCUCCAAAGCUCUUGAUUGACAUUCAGCGUGAACGUCAACAGGCAGCUUAUGCCGAAUUCAAAAAGUACAUUGACGAGAACGGUCCUAAGCUUUUGGCUGAAGAAAAGGCUCGUCAAGCAGAAGCCAAGACCACGCUUGCUGAUGUUUUAACAGGAAAGGUAGAACAACCUCAAGAAGCAGCUCCUGCAACAGCAACUACUACAGUCGCAAAUGACUCAAAGUAGGAGUCAUGUCCACUGGCUGGCUGCUGCAAGUUAUCAUCUGUAAAUAAUGUAUGGAUCGAUUGCUACAAAAAAAGUCAAACUCAUUGUUGAGACUUACUUCUAUGUAACCGAUUCUGUUUCUGCAGGUACUUGAAGUUGCAUAUCGUUCCGACAUUUCGUAUAAAAUAUAAGUAUAUUUUGUAAUUAGUGUUUGGUUACACAUCCACAUUGCUGGAAAGUAACGAAUGGG